AUGAAUAUUAAUUCCCUUUACACGGCUGGAAUCAAUAGAACCUCAAAUCUAACCUAUGCCAACUACUUUGGGGAUGGAAGCGGAAGAGACAAGUAUGUGAUCUUUGAGAAUGGGGGUUUGUGUCAUUAGAAAUCCAGAAUGCAUGAGUAGUCCUCACAUAUGCUGCCCAAUAACCAGGCGCCACUCGCAUCUGCUUCAACUCUCAGAAUGAGUUAAUCAAAUAAACAUAUCCCAACACAUAAGUAUCACCCUGACGGCACUGGCAGAGACAUGUUUGUUGUUACUAAUAAUGGCGGUUAGUUCAGAGGCUUCAAAGAACAAGACUAUCACUUCUUCGACAAACAGCUGAGAGGAUAUCAAAAGAGCAAAAAGUGGUUAUGCAGCAGUUAGAUAAACUCAAUGACUCACUCGCCAAGUGACGGCUCGCCUCAACUAGCCAUGAUGAGUGAAAAGUACAAGAACUUCCUUAAAUAGGAAAAAUAGAAGUAACUAAAUUUAAACCAAAGACUGUCCAUUCCCAAGUACAUAGAAAUAAAAUAAAACGAAUGUGAGAGCUUGACUCAGACUCACACCAAUGGCUUUAAGCAGAGCCCUGAAAAGAUUGAAACAGAUGCUGAUAUCAUGACUGCUCCCACCAAGUUCUUCUCUAGAAGAGAUAUAAGAAAUAGUUUGGUAUUAGAUUAUAGAUCGCAAGCUAACUUUUCAAAAUCACCAGAGUCUCACAAAAGUAAAUAGAACAAAAUUAAUUAGAAUACAACACAGUAAGAAUACUUCUAGACCACUUUAAAACCAAGCAAGUAACUGUCCAGUAAAUCUCUAUUUUCAAAUGAGAUCAUCAAACAAAUGAACUCUACAUCAACUCUCUCGACUGCUAGCAAGCCCAGAGGAUCAGUUAACAUCCUAGAGAGGAUAAAGUAACAGUAGGAUAUUCCAACGACUAUGAUCAUAGAUACCAAGUCGCCUGAAACAGUUCCAAGUUAACUCCUUGCCUACUAUGAUAAGGCUGCAAGAAGAAAGAGCAGAUAGAUGUAAUUGGAAUCUCAAAUGUCUGGCAAAGCCUCUUAGAGAAGUAUAUUAUUAGAUAAGUUGCUUUAAGAAGGAGGAGUGAAUGAAUCUGGACAGAAAAACGCAAUGGGAAAGAAAGCCAGUGUACCUGGUAUUAUGAGAAUCUAAGAUGUUUCAUAAAGCCUUUUGAGUUCUAGUCAUUUGCAAAACAGACUUAAUUCAAGACUCUCUGGGUUUAGCAGCACUAAAAAUGCCAACACUCACAGCAUUAUACUCAAUGGAAUAGGCAUGUCAAAUAAUUAAAGUAACCAAAAAUUCAUUAACCAAAUCAAGAGCUAAAAUUAACUUGGCUUUCCCUCUGGCAGCAUAGAUUAAUUAUGA